AUGACCACACAAAACAAUAAUAGGGAGCCUCACCCCCUCGAGUUCUUGAUCGGAACAUGGGCUGGCAAAGGUAUUGGGUAUUAUCCAACAAUUCCUACAUUUGAAUUUUAUGAAGAAAUCACUUUUGUCAAGGAUCCCGCUGGUAGACCUGUUGUGGCAUACACACAGAAGACUCGACGCGCUGUUCAAGGGGAAGGAGACAAUGGCCCUUCAUCUUCGGUCCCUGGACCUCCUUUACACGCGGAGAGCGGGUUUAUUCGACUACCUGGCUGGUCUGCCGAGAAAUGUGAACUCAUUUUGAGCCAGCCUACAGGCGUAGCAAGCGUAGAAGUCGGAACAAUUAAUGGAUCAACCAUUGAUUGGACGACGACAGGUAUUGUCCGCUCUCCAAGUGCCAAGCCACCUCAUGUCACCCAGUUUACUAGGAAAUGGAUGAUUGAUCCAGCCAACAAGACAUUUUCGUAUCAGUUUUCAAUGGCCACAGAGAACACGCCCCUGCAACCGCACCUUGAAGUCAAUCUUCGCAAGGUUGAAACCAACGCAUAG